ACGAAAGUCAAACAUAACAUAACCUUUCUAUAACUUGGAUUUAAACAUAAAAUAAUAAAACUUUAAAACAAUUAAUCUAUAACAGUGCGAAACAUUGUUGUUCAUCAAUAAAACACUCUAAAUACUACUUCAUCAAUAUCUACAGAUAACUCAAAUUUUCGCUAUGCCAAAGAAGUUUGUUGGGGAAAACAGUAAGGCUGUUGCUGCUAAAGCACGUAAGGCAGCAGCAGAAGAAGAAAAAGCUGCUUUGAAGCAGAAGCAGCUUGAAGAUGAAUAUUGGAAGGAUGAUGACAAAAGCCUUGCCAAGAAACAAGCCAGAAAGGAAGAACAAGAGAAAAGAAAGCUGGAACAACUGAAGAAGAAACAAGAAGCAAAACAAAUAAUAGAGGAAGAGGUAAACUCCAUAAAAAUUGGAGGUAAACAACCAGCAGCUAAGAUCACCAGGGCUCAAAUAACGGCGGAAGCAGAACGAAGGAAUCAAGCUGCUACUGGAAAGCCUAAAGCUGUAGAAACUCACUUGGAUCAACCCCUAGAGGAGAACAUCAACAGAAUGACUCUAGAAGGCGAAGAGGCUCGUACUGUGGACGAGGCUAUAAACUUACUCAGCUCAAAAGACGUGGAUGUGGAUAAACAUCCGGAAAAACGGAUGAAGGCGGCCUUCACAGCAUUCGAGGAGGUCAACAUGCCGAGGAUAAAACAGGAGAAUCCUACUCUGCGUCUGUCUCAGCUCAAACAGAUUCUGCGCAAAGAGUGGAUGAAAUCUCCGGAAAACCCUUUGAACCAGAGACUUCAGUCUGCUUGAACAUAAAGUUUUCCAUCCGAGUGUAAGUAUUUGACUGAUCCUGUACAGUAACUUUUGUUUUAGUUUUCUAUAAAUUUUUUAUUUCACAUUUUCUCUGAAUUCGGUGUAAUAAAUGUACAUGCAACACU